AUAGAUUGCUGUAGUGUUGUUUAUAGUAUAGUUCGUCGUAAUAAUAAAGAUUUUUUUUUUUGGAAACUCGUAAUAAUAAAGAUAAAGAAAGGAAUUGCAUUAUUUAAUUGAUCUUUUCCUAGUAGGUUCGAGGACCAGGUUUGUCCGGCGACGAUCUCCCGCUCGCCGUCCAAAGUCGUCGGCUUUAUUCUUCAUCUAUUCUCCUCUUUGCAUUGACUGUUAUUCUCUUUCUUACAUCUCGCAUUCUCUUCGCCUCUAAGCCCUAAAUCGAAAUUCAUUUAGUCCAUUGAGCUCGAUUCAUAUGCAUAUGCUUACACCGACGUUCAUAUUUGGAUCAUCUUCCACGUAAUGUCUUCUUUAUUCUUCAAAUAUCACCAGGAUCGUCACGCAAUAAUCCUCGACAUUCAUCAGGUUUUGUUGUACCUAUUGAGAUAUGGUAUUCAGGCACUAUAACUUGUGUUCUGAAUUUUGUGGUACAAUUUGGUAUCAAAGCUUUCCAUAAUGCAAAGACUGUCGAUUGAUAGUAUAGAGGAUAAUUCAGAAACCAAACCCAUCUUACUUCAUUCUAAAGUAAUAGAGGGAUCUGAAGAAUUAUCUUCACUUUCAAUAGAAAUUACUGAAAGCGGGGAUUGUUCCACAAGUGCUGGAGAUUGUUCAAGUAUUGAAGUUGAUGGAAGCCAAUUGCUAUUACACUCUGAGCAACCACUAUGCCGCAUAUGCCUUGAUACUGAAGGUGAAGACUUGAUUGCUCCUUGCCGUUGUAAGGGAACCCAGAAAUAUGUCCACAGGUCUUGUCUUGAUAAUUGGAGAUCAACUAAGGAGGGCUUUGCUUUUGCUAACUGUACAGAAUGCAGGGCAAAGUUUAUACUACGGGCAAAUGUACCACCUGACCGUUGGUGGUUGAGAUUAAAAUUUCAGUUUCUUGUAGCGAGAGACCAUGCAUUCCUUUAUGUCAUUGUUCAGCUGAUUGUAGCAACUUUAGCAGUUAUUGUGUACAAAUUUUAUGGAGAUGCUUUGAGGGAAAUGUUUGGCUAUGAAGAACAUCCAUAUGCUUUUUAUACUACGGCAGUCUUCGCAAUAUUGUUUGUGGGCUUACUUUAUGGUUUCUUCAUAGCAAUAAUUUGUGGGCAGAGGAUUACUGAACGUCACUACCAUGUUCUUGCCAAACAAGAACUCACAAAGGAGUAUGUGGUAGAAGAUCGAGAAGCACUAAAUAAGGAUGUCUGUGAACUUGAUCCUAGCCAUGUUUCAGAGCUUAAGAUGUUGGGCCUAUAUUGAGGAUUUGAGGGGGUUCAACUUCUCAAGGCUAUGUGAAUGUACAUCAUACCUAAAUAGAGAAUGGCAAACUGUAAGCUAGCCAUUCAGACUGAGGUUUGUCUACCUAGGCUCUCAGAGUCCAAGCAAUACAAGCUUUGAUAGAGUAAACCAAUUGUAGUCUGUAUAUUCCUAUAUUUAUUGCUUCAAGGAAUAUAAUACAAGCUUUGAUAAAACAAAGUGCUCCAAAUCAAGUGAAACACAUGUAAAUAACUCAAUAAGACAUGAUAAUUAUCUCUUCCUUGCAAUACUAGGACUGCCAGUUUGUUACAAAUCACAACUUCAGGCUACCAA